AUGCAGUCUGCACCAUCUUCUGAAGUUGCAGUAGCUGCAACAGCUGAUUCUCAGGGUCUCAAACUUGGGCUCUGGUCUAGCCAUUCACCACACAGUGCCUUAGCUGGACCAAUAGUUGAUCCACAUGUGAGAGCAGUUUGGGGAAAGAAUGUUACAUUGAAGUGCAUAAUUGAUAUCAAUGAAACAUUAACACAGAUUACAUGGGAAAAGAUACAUGGGAAAAGUGCUCAGACUAUUGCUGUUCAUCAUCCUCAGUAUGGAGUUUCUGUUCAAGGAGAAUAUCAAGGAAGAGUAUUAUUGAAAAACACCUCGCUAACUGAUGCUUCUAUCAUCUUAAUUAAUGUUACCUUUUCUGAUUCUGGAGAAUAUGUAUGCAAAGCAGCUACAUUCCCUCUAGGAAAUUCCCAAUCAUCAACAACUGUAGCUGUAUUGGUUGAACCAACUGUGAGUUUAACAAAGGGACCAAAUGCUUUAAUAGAUGGUGCCAAUCAGACAGUUGCAGCCAUUUGUACAGCAGCCACUGGAAAACCAGCUGCAGAAGUUGUCUGGGAAGGUGGUCUUGGUGAAAUGGAAUCCACUUCAACUUCAUUUCCAAAUGAAACAGUCACAGUGCAGAGUCAAUACAAGCUUGUUCCUACCCGGUUUGCUAGAGGAAGACGUAUAACCUGUAUUGUGAAACACCCAGCAUUAGAGAAGGAGAUAAGAAUGCUUUAUGUGCUCGAUAUUCAGUAUUCUCCUGAGGUUACAGUAACUGGAUAUGAUGGAAACUGGUAUAUUGGAAGAGAGAAUGUUUUACUCAGGUGUAAUGCUGAUGCAAAUCCAUUACCAAUGGAGUUUACAUGGAGUCGGCUGGAUGGGCAUUGGCCUGAGGGAUUACAGCCUUCCAACAAUACUUUACAUUUCAAUAGUCCUUUGUCUUACAAUUAUACUGGAACUUACAUUUGUAAAGUGGCCAAUUCACUUGGUCAAAAAAGUGAUCAAAAGACUAUUUACAUAUUAGAUCCUCCCACUACUACCACUUCACCAUUCACGAUUCCAUGGCUUCCUUCAACUGAUGGCAUCACAGGUUUAGCAACUCAACCAAAACUAAAGCUUUUUCCAACAUCAUCAUGGCCAGCAAUACAGGAAGACAAUUGGGGCACCAUCAUCGGUAGUGCAGUGGGCGGGGCUCUUUUCCUCAUUCUUGUAUGUGUCCUGGUUGGAGCUCUCUGGUAUAGGAGAAGGAGGACGUUCCGUGGUGACUACUUCGCUAAGAACUACAUUCCACCAUCAGAUAUGCAAAAGGAGUCCCAGAUAGAUACCCUGCAGGUUGAGGAUGUGGAUUCUUACCCUGACAGUGUGAAAAAAGAAAUAAAACACCCCGUGAACAGUCUCUUAACUAAAGACUACUUGGGAGAAACUGAAAAAACAGACUGGAACAAAGUAGAUACUAUUAACAGAUACCAGGACAGGUAUGAAAGACCAAUGGAUUACUAUGAAAGUGGAACACUGGGAAUGAAAUACUUGGGUGAUGAAUGUUAUGAUGAAAAUGAAGAUGACUUAGUUUCACAUGUAGAUGGCUCUGUAAUAUCUCGAAAGGAGUGGUAUGUGUAACAGUAACGUCAUCCACUUUCAUGUCUUGACUAUACAUAAAGUUCCUUCAUUAGCUGAUCACUUUCAGAUUGUUUAUACUUUUUCUUGAGGAAUAAGCUUUUUCAAGUUGAUUUUCAAGCUUUUUAUAUUCUAACUUGACAAAUGAAAUGUAAAAACCUCAUUUAAAUGUACUGAAGCUGCUUUAUGUUUUUUUUUUCCAAUGCUGUACUACUGUCUUUCAUAAAAAUGAAUUUUAAUAUAGUGCUCUAUUUGGCAUAUAGCACAAGAUAAGAACAACCUGCUACAUUUAAAAAAGAAAUUCUUAUAAAAAGUUUGAAAUGAAACAACUGUCUUGUUAUUGUAAAUUUAUGAUAAAAAUUACCUUGAUAGAACUUUUUGAACUAUAGUUCUACUAAAUGGCAACAUGAAGCUGAUUCAGAAUCAGAACUGAUCUAAGGCACAUUUUGUUUACAGAAAUGACUUUUAUGAUAUGAAAUAUUCUGAUGGCACAGUUUUUUCAAAGCUUUAUUGUUAGGUUUUCUGCACAGAAUUUAAUACCUCUACAUUUUUGAGCCUUGCCAUAAUUAGAUACUGUAGUGGGUGGUACCUUUUACAGAUGACUUGUUGCACUGAACCUGCUGCAGUGGAUGUUUCAAUGAACAGAUCUUGCAAUGUAACAGGAACAUUAUAUUUUUUUACACUGCAUCUUAUUUCCAAGCACUGGAAUACUAGAAUUCAAAACUUUUAGUUAAAUUUACAGAAGAAUCCCUUCCAUAAAAUUUAUUAUAUAUUGUUUCAAUCAAAUGGUUUUCCUUAAGUAUUGUUCAGGAGAUGGCUAAGUUUCCCUAACCAUUCUACUGAAUGUUUGUUAAGCACAAAGCUAUGAAUGCAUUGAAUCUCAGAUGCAACUUCUAUAUUCAAUGAAGGUGCAUUUUAAGAAAUAAACAUUUGACUUUUCACAGAAUUUGGUGGUGUUUCAAGGCAUAUAUGGGCUAUAUAAGGAGUUGACUUAAAGAACGGGCCACUUUAAAUGCAAGAGUAACUUUAUGUGUAUGGUAAGCUGUAUUUAUGGAUAUUUUGAAAAAGCAGAAUGAAAAGGGUGUUGCAACACAAACAUAAAAGAAUACUUAAAUGGAAGAUACACUUUCCUAAUGGUGUAUUUCCUGUGAGACAUUUUGGGAAAUGUAUGUUGCUUCAAAAGAAAUGUGAUAGAGAGAAGCUUGCUACUAAACUAAGGAAUUGAACAGAUGGAAGAAACAAAUAUAUAUAACAAAAGGGAUUUGUGAUCUCUGAUGAGAAAGGAUAACUCUGGUGUUUUAAAAAUUCUAUCAAUAGAUUUAGAAAAUGAAUGUAGUUCAUUGUACAGAGGAUAAUGCAGUGCAACAAAUAAGAAUCAAAUAGUAGUUUUAAGCGUAUGUGCUUAGAAGCAAAGUCCAUUGAAAUCAGUGGAAAUUUUCUUUUCAUUAACUAUAAAACUGAAAAGGUGAGUGUGUUUAAAGAAGUUGAAGUAACUUUAAAAUAUUAGUUGAAUUUGGCAGCAUGAAUAUAUGGAAGAAUAGUGCUCUUUAGCAACUAUUUUUCAAUAUUUAUCAUGGAAUAUUAUGAACAUAUUACAAAAAGAUCUACAGUAUUUUAGCUUUUCAGUGAGUAUAGUAUCUAUAAGGGUGCAGUUUUGACAGUACACUGUGAUUUGGUUGCUGUGUCUUCAAAAAUGUGACUGCAGCUUAGUAUUUAUACAUUAAACUGGUUUUCUACAUAUCUCCAUCACAUUGAUAAUUCAAGUGUUAACAUUUUACUUGACCAGAGUCUCUCUUCAGUGUAUUUGAAAGUAAAAUUAUCACACCAUAUUUUCUGUGAACUCAAGUGAGUUUUUGUAAUUACUUU